AUGGAUACCAUCUAUACACUAAAUUUAUUUGGAUGUAUUUGUUUCAAUUUUUUAAAAUAUUAUAAUAAAAGAUUGAAUAAAGGAACUUUGAAACGUAGGUUGCGGUUCUUCUCACCGUCCGUCGCGCUCAAAAUCUUCCUCCGUUCGUCGUGGUCCAGACCCUCUCUUCAUUCGCCAAUCGCCAGUUUCUUCAUCGUGCUCGUCGAGUCAUCGUACUCCAACCCCUCAUCCUGCUCACUUGCGCUUUGCCCACCAUCCCUCGUCGUGCUCGUCGUUGUCGUCUGUCGAGUCGCCCGUCGUGCAUGUCCCUCGAAGGUUUUUUUUUUUGGAUAUGGUGAACGUCAAAUGAAUCCGCCACACACUGAACCAAUCCAAGCCCCAGAACCACUCAGGUGACGCGUGAAAAUCUGCUGGUGGUUGGGGUAGCAGCUCGCUGACGUAACUAAACGGCUUGCAGAGGUCGCAGAGCCGGUCUAAGUUGGUCCACAUUGAAGCUAAGCUGAUGGGGGAAAGGUGAUUCCGGGUCAGCACAAGAAUUCCGUUGAACUGAUUAAAUGAAUGGACUUAGCUUUUAUGACCCCGUAUCUUAAAUUAUUGUGAGUGGGUGGUGGGUUAUUUUGGUACUAGGGGACUCAAACCCAAAAAAAAAAAGAAAAAGAAAAGGGGUAAUAAAUUCAACACUUCCAUGUCAAUG